CUCAAACUUGUCUAAAACCUAGCACUUCCAAAUAACUGGCAACAAGUUGCUAAAAAUGGGAGCUUUCACAAAAAUUAUUUUAAUUAGUGUAGUUGUUGCUUUCCUGGCUUCCAGAUGGACUGCACACAGAUUUGAUGCAGAAUCACUCAGAGGUGCCAAAGUAUUGGUGACUGGGUCCAGCAAAGGUAUUGGUGAGCAAAUGGCGUAUCAUUAUGCCCGCUUUGGAGCCAAGAUUGUUAUUACAGGAAGGAGGGAGAAAGCGUUAAAGCAGGUAGCAGAAGAGUGCCUGAGUUUGGGAGCCCAGAAAGCUUUUUAUAUAGCAGCGGACAUGUCCAAUGAGUCUGACACUGACAGAGUGGUAGAUUUUGCUCUGGAGAAACUGGGAGGCUUGGAUUACCUGAUUCUCAAUCACAUUGGCUCAAGCCGCUUUGACAUGUGGGAUGGAGAUGUGGAACACACCAGAUGGCUGAUGAAGGUCAAUUUCUUCAGCUAUAUUCAGAUGGCUUGGAAAGCUUUGGCCUCCCUUGAGCAAAGCGAAGGAUCACUGGUGGUUGUUUCAUCACUUGCAGGUAAAAUGCCAAGUCCCUUAACGGCUCCAUAUACCGCAACAAAAUGUGCCUUGAAUGGAUUCUUUGGGUCUCUUCGUCAUGAGCUGGCUAUGAAGAAGAGCAAUGUGUCCAUCUCUGUGUGCACAUUGGGGCUCAUUGAUACUGAGACAGCUAUGAGUAAAGUCAGGGGAGUCAUUAACAUGCCAGCCAACCCCGCCACAGAUGCAGCAUUGAACAUCAUCAUUACAGGAGCUACAAGACAGCCGGAGCUUUUCUAUCCUUGGUUCACAUACAUUUUGACUCUUAUCCAAAACUUGUUUCCUUCCCUCACAGACUACAUAAUCCAGAGUUCCUACAACUAUACCCCAAACACAAUUACAAAAACAUAGAUAUUUGCCUUGGAUGUUGGCUUACAGCUUUGCCAUCAAUUUUUUUAACACAGGGCAGGAUUAUGCCAUGGACAGCUUGUCUAUAGCUGGUAUAUUUCACUUACAUUCCUCUGAAACUUAGCCUUCAUAUUCUAAUACACCCAAUUUUAUGGCACGGUCUUUGACUUUUCCAGUUUCCACUUUUCUUGUCUUGCUUUUGAGAGCAGUCCAGUUAUAAAAUAUCUACAGGCAGGAAAGCUUAUGGCUUGAAAUUGUUUCAUUUUAGCCAACCUCAAAGAGAUUAGCUCCUAUCUGCUUAGUACAGCCACUGCUGUCCACCCAUUACUGCACCAGUAAGUGAAAAUUCAGAAGAAUCCAGAAGUAAGAGACCUGAUUUACUACUCAAAAGACAACUCUCUCUCUCUCUCUCUCUCUCACUCACACACACACACACACACACACACACACACACACACACACACACAACACACACACACACACACACGAGAUUCAGU